AUGAAAAUCCUUGGAUUAGCCGUUAUUUUUCUGCUUUAUAACCCUUGUUAUUCUGUUAAGGAACACCAUCCUUUAAAGAAAGCAUUAAUUCAAGGCGGCCUAAAUUUAUGCAUGAAUUGUUCACCUUUUAAUAAUGAAGCGGAUAGAUUUUCUGAUACUACAAGCUCAACAACAAAGGAAGGAGAUAAUGAUAAAAUUGGAAAUUUUGGAAAGAUUAAGACCGAUUCUGCUUCAUCUUCUACUAUUCAAUAUGGAGAGAUUGAAAUAGAUAGAUCCCAUCUUGGAGGGAUAAGUAAAGGUCAUAAAAGUCACCAUAGAAAGGCUCAGUCUGAAUCAAAUAUUAAUCUGGAUAGACAAAAUAUGGGCAGAGAAAGCUCUAGAUCAAGUAAUUGGGAUAAUGAGAGAUCAAUAGGAAGAAACAAAAGUUUAUCUCUCUCAUCGUUCUCGAACAGUAUCCGUCGGCUGUUUCUACAUUCAAAAAGCCAGAAAAAUCAAAAUUCAAGAGAAAGGCAAACAUUGAAAGAUUUAUUCAGUAAAUGGACGGGAACUCAGGAUGAUGUAGAACCAGUUCGGUUGAAUUUUAAAACGCCGAUAUAUGGCUUAAGAAUAUGCCGGCAUGAUGAGAUUGAAGAAGAAUCGUCAAACAAAGAAAGUAAUGAACUUAAAAACCAGGAAUACUAUAGCAAUGUUUUUAACAAAGAAGCAGGAGCUUCUGUAUCUGAUCAACAACAUUUAAAGGGCGAGAGCAUAUCAGACCACAAAAAUAUUGACAAUGGUAAAGAAUUAGAGGUAGAUAGUCAAUCAUCCAAACAUAGUGAAUCAGGAACUGAAAAUGUCCAUGAAGAUCAAGCCAGGAAAAAGCUUAAGGGCAAAAUUGAGGAGCAUGAUGAAAUUGUGGAAGAAUUAUCAGAUGAAAAAAAUGAAGAAGGAAACCCGAAGAAAAAUGAAGCUGUAGAACCGACACCAUUUGGAAGCCCUAUUUUUCUGAUGAAAAAUGAUGUCUUGGAAGAGAAUAAAGGUGUAUCGAAAGAAAAUAUUCCCGAAGUAGACCACAAAAAAUGGAAGGAUGGACUUUUUAAAUAUGAUGAUAGAUUUCUAAAGGAUUAUGGAGGCCCUCCUGGAUGGUAUUUGAUAAGAGAUCGGUCGAAUGUUGAAUUAAGUAGAUUGGAUUCACAGAAAAUGAGGAAUCAGAAAACAGGGAAGCGAAGAACAAAUAAGCGAAGUGUGAAGAUUAAAGGAAAGGAUGUUGAUGUAGGAGCUAAGAAUAAAGGAAAGGAUGUUGAGGAUAAGGCUAAAGUGGUAUCAGAAGGAAGUAAUCUGAAGGAAAAGGAGCCUCGGCAUAAAUUAGGGGAUUUUUUAUCUUUAAAAUCUGAAGACGUACAUGGAAAAAAGACUCUUAGUGAAGCUGAGAAUAAUUCGAAAAAAAGAAAAUUAGAUCCUCAGGGAUCUUUGGAAUCAGAAAUCAAAAAGGACCCUCAAGCUUCUCAUACUAAAGAAAAAAUUAUUGGUAUAUGUGUUUCGAGAAGGAUUAAUGAAGGAAGUGUUUCUGUUAAGAAGGAUAACGUUAAAUCUGAAUGCGAGGUGGAGGAGGAGGAUAAUGAUGAAGAGGAUAAAAAAGAAGUUAACAAGGCUAAAAUAGAUUUUGAUAAAAGCAUGGAAAUGUUUAAAAAGUUAGAAAAAGAUGGUAAAAUACCAGUGCCCGAAAAAGGAAAAUUAGGAGAAGGUUUGAAAAUGUCAGAAACUGUUCAGAAAUGUCAAGGUUGUUUCAAUAAGUCUAAAUUAGAUUUGAGUCCUUUAUCACACGGAAUAUCUUUCAUUUACUGA